UGCAUUCAUUUAUCUGAAGAUCACUCACCACAAAUUGUAGAAGAAAGUGAUGGAGAUCUCUGAGCCCGCUGCACAUUCUCCAAGUGAAUGACAAAUGGGAGUGGUAAAAGUGCGCUAAAAGUGUCUCACCGAGCCAUGCAAAGCAACAGCAGCUCUUCGGCACCCUCGGGUGGGCUGAGCGUGUGUGGGGGAGAGGAGGACGACCGCGAACUGUCCAAGUUGGUCAACCCGAACGCAGCGUCCAACCUGGCAGCUUUGAACCUGUCCCUCAACUGCUGGCUGCACAUCCUCUCCAAGGAGUCCUCUGCGGACCUGCACGGAGACAGCGCCAACAUGGCGGUGCGAGUCCUCAUUGCUCUUGUUUACCUGGUGGUGUGUGUCCUCGGGCUGGUGGGGAACCUCCUGGCACUCUUUCUGCUUCAUUUCCGCCGACGUGGUCACCACCACUCCUCCAUUGACUGUUUCGUGAUGAGCCUGGCGCUCACGGACCUCCAGUUCGUUCUCACCCUGCCAUUCUGGGCCGUGGACACCGUGCUGGACUUCCGUUGGCCCUUUGGCAGGGUCAUGUGCAAGAUUGUGAGCUCGGUCACCACCAUGAACAUGUAUGCCAGCGUCUUCUUUCUCACCGCCAUGAGCGUGACCCGCUACCACUCGCUGGUGACCUCUCUGAAGAUAGCCAGUCCAAGGAAGGCCGCUGCUCGAGCAAAGUGGGCCAGUAUUGCUAUUUGGGUAGUGGCACUGGCGGCCACACUACCGCAUUCCAUCUACUCUACUACAGUUCAGGUGUCUGCUGAUGAUGAGCUCUGCCUGGUGAGGUUCUCCGAGUUAGAUUCCGGUCACUGGGAUCCUCAAGUUCUCCUCGGACUCUACCAAAUGCAGAAAGUGCUUCUGGGAUUUGUUGUUCCUUUGAUCAUCAUCAGCGUGUGCUACCUCCUCCUCCUGAGGUUCAUCCUGAGUCGCCGUGUAGUGUGCAGCGUAUUGGGCGAGGUUUCCGCACAAAGGUCCGAAGGAGAGCAAGGCCGCCACCGCCGCCGCUCCAAAGUCACCCGGUCUGUCACCAUCGUAGUCCUGUCCUUCUUCGUCUGCUGGCUGCCCAACCAGGCUCUGACCCUGUGGGGGAUAUUGAUCAAAUUUGAUCUGGUGCCCUUCAGCAAAGCCUUCUACAACGCUCAGGCCUACGCCUUCCCACUAAGCGUGUGCCUGGCCCAGGCAAAUAGUUGCCUCAACCCAGUCCUGUACUGCCUCAUCCGCCAGGAGUACCGCACUGGACUCAAGGGGCUUCUUCUGCGGGUGUCUCGCUCCAUCCGGAACAUUUUCACACAUGCUCUGAGGGGGAGGAGAGUGGAGGAAGCACCCCCCGGUUUGGUGAUGAUACACAAAGACAACAUGUGAUCUCGGGAACGUAAUGGGGCUGUAGGGUUUUUCUGCAUUAAAUACUACACGCAUCUCUCAAGGUGGACGUACUCUAUGAUAAAUUGAGUUUACUGACACUGGAUGACUUCCAAUCAAUAUAGUAUCAAAUUAGUUUUUGUGAGUGAACUGCAUCUCAAACUAUUAGCAGAAUAAAAUUCAUUCAUUUUCAACCGCUUUUUCCUCACAAGGGUUGCGGGGGUGCUGGAGCCUAUCCCAGCGGUCUUUGGGCGAGAGGCGGGGUACACCCUGGACUGGUCGCCAGCCAAUCACAGGGCACAUAUAGACAAACAACCAUUCACACUCACAUUGGCCCAAUUAAUUUGGCACAGUGGCCAAUUAACCUAGCAUGUUUUUGGAAUG